AUGCUUCGUAACAAAAUUUUAGUCACCGGCCAUCCCAAUGCGGGAACGCUUGAAUUUGUCAAAGGCAUUCUCACCACCACCCAAAGCGAGUUCCGCGAUGCCGACGUACAAAAGGCAAUCCAAGAUGCCGACAACACCAUUACAGGCAUCAGCAUUCCUUGGACGAUUAACACAAAGUAUUACGUUGCAGACGUGGCUUUUUGGUUGGAUGAGAUUCCUGUUGAAAACAUAAAAGAGACCGCGCAGGCCUAUGCCGAAGAAAGCAACGAGGUGGCACGAGUCGUGGAUGCCUUUGUUUUUGUUUUUCAAAGCAGCAAGUCAGAAAGUUUUCAUGAUAUUCGGCACUGGCUUCCUUUUCUUGAAGCGUGUGAUCCCGCCAUUCGUUUAUGCAUCGAUACAAGCUCACCGAGUGCAACCCCAGAUACCAAUUUCGAAGACUGGUGCCUAGAGCACCAAUUUGAAUACAUCAAUAUGCAUGAUACGACGGAAAUCGAUCUGGAUAAGGCAGGGCUGGACUUGGCCGUGGAUGUGUUACAAACGAAUAUGUGGGAUGGACUGAUAAGGAAACACAACGAAGCAAAACCGGCUGGUCCACAGGGAAAUAUCGGGAGUCUCCAGGACGAGGAAACCAUCGAAUUACUGAAAGAAUUGCAAUCGCUGAAGUUGCAACACGAAAAAGACCAAGAAGGCAAUGAAAAAUUUUCGUCUGAAUUAGAUGAUCCAGCCAAAGACGACAUCGAUGAUGAUGACGACCUGGAAUUGCCCAGUGCAGCGGAUAUUGAGAGAAUGCAGCAACAGUUGUUUGGUGGUAUUGAAGAGGAGGACGGGCUAGAUAAGACGUUUGAACUGAUGAAAGCUAUGCGUGAACAAAGCCAAAAUUUACCUGAUGAGGAAAGGCGGAAACUGGCCGCCCAAGUUGCCCUUUCGUUUGCUGCGCAACUGGGCAUUUAA